AUGGAAAGCCAGUCUAUGCUCCUCAGCCUGUCCACACCGGGAGUUCCCAACUUGCCUGCCUCAGAAACAUCCUCAUCUCCGCCUAUUCCCGCGGAAAUCGACACCCAUAUCGCCCCCAGCGCCACAUCGGGGCAGGCCGUCAUUCCGACCUCACAGUGUUUCGCAUCUCCACCAGGAAAUACGACCCAACCCUAUGUACCGCCUAUUCUCUCGUCCUUGUUCCCCGGUGGUUCGGCCGACUAUGAUCUUAAUCUUGAACCUGAGAGUACAGAGUUUCUGUCAGCCAUGAUUCGAAACGGAAGUAUUGCAGCUUUUGACCACGAGCAGGCUAUAGCAGCUUGGUUUGAUAACUGA